AUGCUCGACACCAGUCUAAAGACCCAACUGCAGGCGUACCUCGGCAAGCUGCAGCGUCCGAUCCGUUUGAUCGCUUCGCUGGACGCCAGCGCCGGCGCGGCCGAGAUGAAGGAGUUGCUGCAGGAAAUCGCCGGGCUGUCCGAUCUGGUGAGCUUCGACGAGAGCGGCACCGAUGCGCGCAAGCCCUCGUUCGUGAUCGCCCGCGACGGUGAAGCCACCGGCGUGCGUUUUGCGGCCAUUCCGCUCGGCCACGAGUUCACCUCGCUGGUGUUGGCACUGCUGUGGACGGGUGGUCAUCCGCCCAAGGUCGAGGCCGCCGUGAUCGAUCAGAUCAAGGGCCUGGAAGGCGACUUCAACUUCGAGAUGUACAUGAGCCUCUCGUGCCACAACUGCCCGGACGUGGUGCAGGCGCUCACGCUGAUGUCCAUCCUCAACCCGGCCGUGAAAGCCACCGUGAUCGACGGUGGUCUGUACCAGGCCGAGGUGGAAGAGCGCCAGAUCCUGGCCGUGCCCAUGGUUUUCCUCAAUGGUGAGCUGUUCGGCUCGGGCCGCAUGCUGCUGGAAGAAAUCGUCGCCAAGCUGGACGUGAAGUCUGACGAGCGCGAGGCCGCCAAGCUCAACGCCAAGGACCCCUUCGAUGUGUUGAUCGUCGGCGGUGGCCCGGCCGGUGCGGCCGCUGCGGUGUACGCCGCUCGCAAGGGCAUCCGCGUGGGUGUGGCCGCCGAGCGUUUCGGUGGCCAGACCAACGACACCAUGGCGAUCGAGAACUACAUCAGCGUGCUGGAAACCGACGGCCCCAAGUUCGCUGCCGCGCUCGAAGCCCAGGUGCGCCACUACGACGUGGACAUCAUGAACCUGCAGCGCGCCGACAAGAUCAUUCCGGCCACGGAAGCGGGUGGUCUGGUGCAGGUGCAGAUGGCCAACGGUGCGGUGCUGCAGGCGCGCAGCGUGAUCCUCUCCACCGGCGCGCGCUGGCGCAACGUGAACGUGCCCGGCGAGGCCGAGUACAAGAACAAGGGCGUGGCCUACUGCCCGCAUUGCGACGGCCCGCUCUUCAAGGGCAAGGACGUGGCGGUGAUCGGUGGUGGCAACUCCGGCGUGGAAGCCGCGAUCGACCUGGCCGGCAUCGUGAAGCACGUGACACUGGUCGAAUUCGCCGACGCCCUCAAGGCCGACGCGGUGCUGGUGAGCAAGCUCAAAAGCCUGCCCAACGUGACCAUCAACGUGAAUGCGCAGACGACCGAAAUCACGGGCGCUGGCGGCAAGGUCAACGGCAUGAGUUUCAAGGACCGUGUGAGCGGCGAGGUGAAACACGUGGCGCUGGAAGGUGUGUUCGUGCAGAUCGGCCUGGUGCCCAACACCGAGUGGCUCAAGGGCACCGUGGACCUGAGCCGCUACGGCGAGAUCGAGAUCGAUGCCAAGGGCCACACCAACGUGCCCGGCGUGUUUGCAGCGGGCGACUGCACGACGGUGCCGUACAAGCAGAUCGUGAUCGCCGCGGGUGAUGGCUCCAAGGCCGCGCUCAGCGCCUUCGACUACCUGAUCCGCCAGCCGGUGGUGGUUGCAAAAGCCGAAGAGGCCGUCGCCGCCUGA